AUAAACCGCCGGAACACAGAAGCUCUCCGAAGUCCUGGAGAACAGCAGCUCUUCUGCACCAAGGGGUUUGGCUCCUUGGGCUUCUAAGGGUCCUACCGCUGACUGCAACCUUCCCAAGAGGCUGGAGUUUCAGGGAUGAGAACAUGGCUUGUCCCCUUGAGGCCUUCUUCCUUGGGCUAAUCUCAACACAGUUGCUUUGGAAAGGUGUGAUGCCUGCAGAAGGGUAUAGCGUUAAUAUUUCUGUAUCCCGUGUGUUGGUAGAGGAAGGGCUCUGUGCCACGGUUCCCUGCACUUUCACUUAUAACGAAGGUGAUGCCGACCUGAAGGAAACAUUGAGGGGAUGUUGGAAGAAAGAAACAAAAAAAACAGAUUGUCCAAAAGAUGACAGUCAUACCUUCCAAAUCAUUGGGAAUCUAACAGCAGGAAACUGUUCUCUCCUCAUCUGGAACCCCCAAAAAGAUGACAUGGGGUCAUACUAUUUCAGAAUGCAAAAAAACCCUAGGGCACAUUAUAGCUUUCACAAAGGUACCAUAUCCCUGGAGGUGACAGAAACUCAGUCUCCAAAAAUAACAAUGGAUACCAUGAAAGCAGGAAUGCCUACAAAUAUCACCUGUGCAACCUUAGGAGGCUGUAGUCGGAUGCCUCCAAAUAUCACCUGGGUUGGCUUUCCCAAGCCCAUCAAACCUCAUGUGCACUUGAAUGAGACCCAGGUUUACACCUCAGUGGUGGAUUUCUCACCUUCUCCUGAAGACCACAAGCGGAAGAUCACCUGCAUGGUCAAUUACAUAAAUGAGACUAAACCUGUUCCCAGGCAGGAUACUGUCCAACUAAAAGUCAUGUUCAAACCGCAGAUGAAAUGGUGCAAGGGUUUUCAUUUUCGCUCCAAUAUAAGUCAGCAGAACUUCACGAACUUUUCUCAGCUCAACGUACAAAAAGGGGAUUCCAUCGAGGUACGCUGCAAGGUAAUAGGCUAUCCUUCGCCCAACAUGACUUGGGUUAAGGGAAGCAAAGACUUCCAGCAACAACCCCCGAAUGUCCUGAAGCUUUAUGAUCUUAAGGUGGAGGAUUCUGGGACGUACACAUUUCAGGCAACCAAUAAACUAGGCGUUCAUAAAACAUCGUUUGAACUCUCCGUAAAAGAGCAAAAUACAACCCUGAUUUUCAUUGUGACUGGUGUCCUCAUCGUGCUCGGUCUCGUUGUGCUAAUCCCUGGAAUCAUCCUUGCUUCUAAAAGAUACCAGAGGAAGAGAAAAACGAUUACAGACUCAAAAGCAGUAAAUACCUUAACGAAUGUCAAGAAACCCAGCACUUUGGACCUCGCUGCUCAGGAAGUGAACGGCGUUGCCUCCAAAUCAAGAAGCCCCCACGAAUCUGUGGAUGGAGACCCUGAAGAAAUCCAUUACGCGACUCUUAGAUUCAAUGUGCCAAAUCCUAAUCCAGAUACAGCUGCAGAAGACAUCCAAACGGAUUAUGCUGAAAUCUGUCCUUCCAAUUCUCAGGGAAAAGAAGCGUGAAGGUUUUUAAGGGAAUUCCUCUCUUCUGAUUAGCAGUCCUCAGAAGUUUGCCAGUUCCUGUUUACAUUGCGCCUUGACUCUGUUUCUGUAUCCUCUUUGGAGAUAGGAGCUGCCUAUCCAGCUGUUAAGCCCCGAACAGCACAGCAGGACGAGGGAAGCAAAACUCCCUUAGAAUUCCAUCAAUCAACUUUAAUAUCAAGAAGUAAAGGGCUGCGAUAUAGACUUUUGGAAACCAAAUGCACAAAACUAUUCCGUAUUUAUGAAUGGGGGGGGGGUCAGUGGUGGGUUUCACAUCUUGUUAUCACCGGUUUGCCAUGCAUGCAUGCCCCCGCUUCACAGGCACACGUGCCUCUUCCACAUAUGUGCCCAGCCUUCCAUGCAUGUGCUUUGCUCACAGGUGUGCCUUCUGCACAUAUGCCCGGCCUCAAAAAUGUGCCUAAAGAAGACAGCAUAGAGUCGAGGGUGUGUGUGUGUGUGUGAGUAGGCACACCCACGAUUUCCGCUACCGGUUCUGGUGAACUGCUCCGAACCGGCUGAAUACCACCUCUGAAUGGGGUCUUUGUGGGUUCUUUAGACCCCUCCCAACCCAACAAUGCAAAAUUGAAAGGUUAAAUGCUUUCCCCCCACCAGAGUAGCUUGGCACUCAGAUACCCAUCUGCCUUUUGUUUCUGGUUUUGAAAUACUCCCCCUCUUUCCGGGCUACAGUGACGUUCUCUUAUCAAAGGAUUGCAAUCUAACGGUUUCACAUGAUUUGGCCCAUUUGAGAGUCAGUGGCCUCCUACCCUCUUUAAAAGAGCCCGGGUGUUCCCGGGAAGAGAAGCAGCUGCUUUAAAGAGCUACGUUCCCAUUUCUGUGCCCUCCGAAGCCCCUUUUAAAAAUUGAAUCCAACCUUAAAGGAUAAUAGGUAAGAAUGAAUCCAGUCUUAAAGGAAAAAUAUGUAAGAGGCACUUUGAGCUGCAAAAUGGGGGGAGCAAAUUUAAUAAAUAAAGAAAUCAUACCAAUGAUGCCUAUUGAA